AUGCAGUAUGCAUCCCGCACAGACUACAAAGCAGACACUGUAGACACCGCUGACUCUUUCGCCAACAGCCCGGGAGGGUACAUCGACAAUCCUGCUCGAGCGACACGAUGCCCCAGGAACCGAGACCAGCAGUCGCAAUUCCGAGGUCAGCAGCAACCCCCAGAAUCAAAAGCCACCACCACCCCAAAUCCAGUCUAUUUGAACGAGCCUAACCCAUCGCAAUCCAACCAGGUCAUCCACGCAGGCCUCUACUACCCAGCAAGCUCCCUAAAAACAAGCCUCUGCAUCCAAGGCCGCGACCUCCUCUACGACCUCUGCAAGAAGAACAACAUACCCCACCGAAACACCAAAAAAUGGAUCGUCGCCCAAACCCCCGACCAAUGGGCCGCCGCUCUAAAGAUACACGCACACUCGCAGUCCCUCAACGCACCCACCCGUCCAAUAGGCCAAGCGGAAGCCCAAGCCCGCGAACCCGACGUCAAAGCCGACGCGGGAAUCCUCGAGUCCGAAACCACUGGCAUAGUCGAUAGCCACUCGCUGAUGACAUACCUGCAAGGAUCCUUCGAAGAGCGAGGCGGAGACAUAGCAUUCAAGACAAGAGUUACCGCCGUCGAAGCCGUGGACGGCGGGAAGGGCGGAUACAGACUGACGGCCGUGUCGGGCGAAGACGGCUCUGAGACGACCAUCACUGUUGAGACGCUUGUAAAUUCGGCCGGGCAUGGCGCGUGUGAGAUUAGCAAUAUGUUGUUGCCGGCCGAGAGGCAUUUCGUGCCACAUUAUGCUAAGGGCACUUACUUCUCUUAUGCUGCUAGUCGGCCGCGUACGAAUGUCCUUGUGUAUCCGGUUACUAUGCCUGGGACCGGGGGGUUGGGGACGCAUUUGACGCUCGAUAUGGGCGGGAGGAUUCGGUUCGGCCCGGAUGUUGAGUGGGUUGAUGCUGCUGAUGAUCUGGUUCCUAGUGCUGCUAGGCUUGAGAUGGCGCUGCCGGAGAUCAGGGCUUAUUUGCCUGGCGUUGAUCUUGAUGCUAUUUCGUUGGAUUAUUGUGGUAUUCGGCCGAAGUUGGGACGGGGUGGAGCUGUUAAUGAGGGCAGUGGUUUCCAGGACUUCAUUAUUCGGGAAGAGGAGGGACUGCCGGGCUUUGUUAAUCUUUUGGGGAUUGAGAGUCCGGGCUUGACUAGUUCUUUGGCUAUUGGAGAGAUGGUUGAGGGAAUUUUGUAUAGAUGA